AUGAUCAAGGAUAUUGACAACUUCAUUCUUCUCUCUGCUCCCUCGAGUUACCAGUUCCUAGUUGCUCUUUUCGCCGUAUUGGCUGUUGGAGGAGCAGCAGUUCUACUACCUCUCGGUAUCGCUCCUGAGGAAAUCAAUGUCAUAGCUCAGAAAUGCAACGCCCGGGCAUUUGCCAUUGCACCCGACUAUCAAGCGGCCGCUAAAGCUACCAAAACGAGUGCAAAACUUACGUCGGGUACAGAGAUCCUGCCCAUCCCAAUUACGCUGGGAGAUAAUGGGAGUAGUGCCGACAUCCGCAUCAUAACUGAGAAUAAUAUCAGAUUUUCCGCGGACCGUCCUGCACUCGUCCAAUUCACCUCAGGCACAACUGGCUCCCCCAAGGGCGUAGUACAUGCCCGGACAUUCUUCUACCACCAGGUGGAGGUAUACUUUGGAUGCCCAAUGAGCGAGAUUAAUGGUCUCCAACCUCUGCUCGGCCCUGAUGCGGUGUAUCUCUCCUACCGCUCAUUCCACUGGGGAGGCGGGAUCAGAAAUGCAACAGCAGCUAUCUUAGCUGGUGUCUGCACUGAGAUUUAUAACCACGACGCCACUCCAGGUGCAAUGUGGACACAGAUGAAAGCGUAUUAUGAGGAAUGUUUGGCCAACCUACCACAGCCCAUGUUAGAGGAAUAUCUUAAUGGAGCACGGGGUCUACAAUUGGCAAAGUCGGAUUCAAAUCUGCUUACUCCCUCAGUGAAGCGUGCUGACCAUCUAUACAUCGGAGAGCCUGAAGCGACCCGCGCUGCUUUUGAUAGGGAAUGCUUUUACAAGACCGGCGACCUGGGUCAUUUCGAUGUCAUUGUUUUCGACGGACGGAGGGUCCCCAUCAUAGACGUCGAGGAGAGCCUUAUGGCCCUGCCAUAUGUCAUGGAAGCCUACGUACUCGGCAUCCCAGAUGCAGAGGUCAUGAACCGCACUGCGGUAUUGCUUCGUGUCAAAGAAGGGAAGUGUCUCACUCUCCAAGCCCUGAGAACGGAAAUGGCUGGGAGACUCGCAAAACAUAAAUUGCCGACUCUUUUACGGAAGUUAGAUGCCAGUGAAGGUGUUCCCAAGACACAUUCGGGCAAGUUUGAUAUGCGAAAGGCACGCAGCGUUUUCUUCCCUCAGUCAGUUGAAGGAGAUAUCAGCGACCUGCCUCCGGAGGUGGAAGUCUGGAAAUUGAGGUAG